GUCAGACCCUAUCCCAGGACAAUCUAAAUAGACAAGGCAGAGGAACAAUUAUUCUUCCCAUUUCACAGAUGGGAAACUGAGGCCCAGAGAGGUUCAGUGAUCUGCUCAUGCGCACACAGGGAGGGUGUGUCCAAGCCAGCAACAACCCAGGGGUUCUCCAGCCUCACUCUUCAGGCUUGGAGCUGGUCACCAGUGGGAAUGAAGAAGGAAUCUGCCUCAGGGGCCAAGAUUGCACAAGGUUUUGGUCUGAAGCAUCCUGAGGUCACGAGAGCCCCUGUCCAAGUGGCCAGCCUUUCCCAUGUUUACUGGUAUAAGUAGGAGACUGGGAGUCAGGACUCCUGGGUUCUGUUCCAGCUCUGGGUGGGAAGUGAUGUCUAGUGGUUAGAGCAGCAGGGCUGAGAGUAGGAUUGCGGCUCAUUGACUCAAGAAGAUGUAAGGCCGCUCACACCAGCUUGCUAGGGUGACCCGCAACUGUUCACCGCAAAGGCCCGAGGAAGCAAUAACUGCAGGAGGGGGCCAGGAGGGGAAUUUCCCCCAACUUCCCAUUUCGCAAGUUCCUGAACACCCGCUGAGUAAACAGCAGCUGAGGUGGGGGCCGGAGCCUUCUGGGAGCAGCUGUCUUCUUCCGUGGUGGGGGCUUAAAUAAAGCCGGAGCAGAUGGGUGGAUGGCAGAGGGCGCAGGUGGUGAACGUGGCUGCUGUGCGGUGUCUCCAGCACAAAUCUUCGCUCCCUUUGGGUUCCACUAUGCUCAGACAACUUUGGCUCCUAGCGCUCUGGUUGCUGGGCUCUAGUCCUGCCCUGGCUGAAGUUCAGAGCUGUCACGCCUCCAGGGUCCAGUCUUCAGUGGUCUCCAGUUGCCAAGCUCAACACCAUGAGACACUGCCAGAAAUUGACCCAUCCACCCAGAUCCUUCUGCUGAAUUUCAACCUCCUCUCCAACAUCUCGGCCUCCUCCUUCCCCAGGCUGGAGAGGCUCAGGAAGCUGUCUCUGGGAUCUCAGCUGGGGGGAUCACUCUCCAUUGGAGAGAAGGCCUUUGAGAAGGUGGCCAACAUCACGUUCCUGGACCUCGGGGGCAACAGGAAGCUGAGCCUCCAACCCACGGCCUUGGCAGGCUUGCGGCAGCUCGAGGUGCUCCUGCUGGAUGCCAAUGGCCUUGAUGAGACCGUGCUGGAGGGUGGCUACUUCCAGGAUUUAGUGUCCCUCAAAAGGCUGGAUCUCACAGGGAACCAGAUAAAGAGGCUGAGACCCGAUUCCUCUUUUCAAGGCUUGAAGCUGCUGGCUGUCCUCCAGCUCCGGCUUAACAAGAUCAAGACAAUCUGCGGGGAGGAUCUGACCCACCUCGGGGGACGACACCUGUCCCUCCUAGAUCUCUCAUCCAAUCUGCUGUCCUAUAGGGACCCUCGGUACAACCACUCCUGCCCCAGUCCCUUCCGCAACAUCAGAGUGGAAACCCUGGAUGUAUCCUCCAACCCCUGGGAUGUGGGUAGUGCUGAACGGUUCUUUAAGGUCAUGGCAGGUGCCCAGAUACGGCAUCUGAAGUUGCAGCACUCGGGGGCCAUUGGGAGGGGGUUCGGGUUCAAUAACCUGCGGGGCCUCUCUGCCAGCACCUUCUCAGGGCUCAGCCAGAGCAGGGUCCUCUCUUUCGACAUGUCUCAUGGUUUCCUCUCCAAGCUGGGGCCUUUGGUCUUCUCGGGUCUCCCUGAGCUGCGUGCACUGCGCCUGGCAUCCAAUCAGAUCCACGAGAUCCGUGGGGAGGCCUUUGCUGGACUGCAGCACCUCUGGACCCUGGACCUCUCCCACAAUCUGCUGGGGGAGCUGAACACAGAGGCUCUCCAGAGCCUAAGCUCUUCCCCACUGCUGCACCUCAACCUCAAGUCCAACCACAUUGGGGCCAUCCAGCACAAUGCCCUGGAGGGACUGAGGACCCUGCGGACGCUGAAUCUGCAGGACAAUGCCCUCUCGCGCGUGCUGCCAGGGCGGCUCCCUGUCCUGGAGCGCCUGCUGCUGGGCCAGAACAGGAUCAAGGACGCCUGGGGAAUCGGGAAGCUUUCCACGAAUCUGACCUUCCUCGACUUGUCUUCCAACCGCAUGCAAGACCUGAGAGAGCUCUGGAAUGAGCUGAGGGGCAUCCCUGCCUUGCAGUUCCUGAACCUUUCACACAACCUGAUCUCAAGGUGCUCUGAGCACCAGGACAGAGCCAUGCCCAGGCAUAGCCAGCUCAGGGUGCUGGACCUUUCCGAGAACUCCCUGAAUAUCGUCUGGAAUGCAGGGGGCUGUGUGGAUGUCUUCCACCAUCUAGACAGGCUGGCAGCCUUGAAUCUCAGCAGAAACAACCUCCAGACCUUACCUGAGGGCCUCUUCCAGGGGCUGGUGUCUCUCCAGGCUCUGGACCUAUCUGGGAACCUCAUGGCCAUGCUUCCUGAUGGGCUGUUCCGGGACCUGCGCUCCCUGCAGGUGCUAGGGCUGCAGGGUAACCCCUUGGUGACCCUGUCACCAUCUGUUCUUCAGCCGCUCCAGGCACUAGCAUUCCUGAAUCUCCAGGAGGUCUCUCUGCUUUGCCACUGCAGCUUGCAGGACCUAGAGGCUUGGCUGCACUCCACCAAUGUGACCCUGAGUGUUGCGAAGGAAGGGGUUACCUGUUUUAUGCCCACGCCUCCCUUCCCAGGAAUGCCCCUCCUUUUCUUCAUCCAAAACAACUGUGUCCAGUAGCACAGUCCAUGCUGUGUCCAGCUUUCCCCAGCAUAGGAUCCCACCUGUGUGGCUUUAAAAGCUGUUCCAUAUGCCGUGUGCUUGGCACUGAACUGUGAUACUUAUGUGUUGAGAUGAGUUCCUGUCUGCAUCCUGUAAAACUUGCCCAUACCGGUAUUGCCCUGGCCUCUUCUUUUGUCAUUCAGUGUUGCACGCAUUCUAUAGCAAUAUGCAUUU